UCCUUUCUCGUUUCAGAGUCCCUGCCAUGGUGCGCCGGCAUGGCCAUGCCAGGCCAGGGCUCAGCCACCGCAGAGGCGCUGUUGAUGGCGGAAGUCGGCCCAGAGGCUGUCCAGGUCCUGAAGCCGUACUACUCGGCGCUGGUGGGUGUGGCAGAUUUGGCACGGACCACCGGAGGUCAGCAGUUGAGAUCGCUGCUUCGGCACCUGGGCGUGCUCACCUGCAAGGUGGCCACCUUGGAGGACGGCAUCGCCCAGUGGCGUGCCGUGGCCGAGAAGAGCCAAGGUCAGCUUGCACAGGCCAGUGCUGCGUUGGCGGCCGCCAGGCAAAGCGCAGAAGCUGAGCGGAGCAGAGCCGCAGCCCUACAGGCACAACUCCUUGCCCUCCAGCAGGAGCGCGAGGCGAGCAGCGUGGUCGCGCGAAGCAACGCGCAGUGGCUGCAGGUGGAGGCUCAGAAGGCUCACGCUGAGCUGCAGCGCAAUCGCGGAGAGGUGCAUGCAUUGAACGAGGAAAUCCGGCGCUUGCGCGUCGAGCUGCAGGUGACGUCCACCAAGCAGCGGCAGCAGGAGUCCCAGCUGGAGGCGGAGCGUCUGCGCGCAGCCGGGGCCGACCUGUCAGCGGAGAAUGCCGGCAAGGCCAAAGCCCGGCUGGAGGCUGCGCUGAGGCGGGUAGAUGACGACCAGCGUGAGAGCGUGGACAGCCUCACCACCCAUGUGCAGGACGAGAGGCGGAAGCUGGAGAGACGCCUCGAGGCUCAGCAUCAGGAGCUGAUCGCCGCACGCAAGGUGGUGGCUGACCGAGAAGCUGUCCUGGCAGAGGUGCGCUGCAUCCUGCCCAGCACGCUGCACUGCGUAGACUUCCUCCGAGACACGGACAGCCCCGCGCUGAAGCUAGCGCGAGGCCCGGUGCUGCUAUCCAUGAACACCUCGGUGAGGGUGCCUGUGCUGGCGCUGAGGUGGGGCCCCGGCAUAUCCUUGAACUCCACGCCCAGUUGGCAAGCACUGCGAGGAGGCUUGUUUGCGCUGCUGCACCAGCUGCAGACGGGCGCCACGCUCCCGGAGCAGGUGGAGCUCACGGUGUGUGAGGCGAACGGUCGCUGGUUCUGCUGCGAGCAGUCGGAGGCGCCGCGCUUCGCCGCGCUGCUGCUGUUCCAGGCGCUGAAGCGGGACAUGCCCGUUGCCGCGACAUGCCGAGUGGGCUCGCCCCACAAGGUCAUGAGCCUGCAGGAAGAGAUGACGCAGCACAACGGCCUCAGCGUUCUUAGCUCCGGCGCCAUUUGGCGGACCCCCCCGCAGGACGAGGAGGACUUCCUGCGAGCCUUGCUGGUCGACUCCCCGCUCCGAGAUGUGGUGAACGACUUUCUGUACCACCAGCGGCGAAGCCGCGUGGAGGAUGCGUUCGAAGAGGAGCUGAAGCGCGAUCUCGCCGGGCCCUUCUCGCGAAGGGAGCGCGAGCAAGCCGUGUGGCCUUCCGGCGGUGGCCGCGCGAGCGAGGCGAGCGAGGUGGCGGCUGUGCAAGUGCCCAGUCCUGAUCGGCGGAUGAGCGCCAGCACCUUGACAUCCGCAGCCCAGGCCGCCUCGGCCGCCGCCGCGGCAGCGGCCGCCCGUGAGCGCGCUGGCGUGGAGCGGGGCCCGCCGAUUUGAGCAGGAAAAGGCCCUGACAGGUUUGGUUUUCUCAGAUCCUUUUCACAAAUCCGUAUUAAGUACGGAAAGCGUCGGCGGUAG